AUCAUACUGCUUCAGUUUGAUGCGUUCAUUCCUUGAUAUUCCUCGAACAAAAGAGGUACCAGCUUGUUCGAUUUGAGUGACAAAAUUAUUUUUGUAACGCUUAUUUUUUUCGGCAAACAUAUAACGCCAAGAAUAACUAAUUUGGAUAUAUUUUUAUUCUGUUUCAACCGUCAGUACAAAAAAAAGAGCAAAAAAUGUUAAUUAUAGGAUUAAUAACUGCUCUUGUCGUUGCUCUAUGUUCGGUAUAUAUUUAUUACAAGUUUGUGGUGUUCAAUUUCUGGCGCAAGAAAGGUGUAUUUUACAUCGAACCCGUUGUACCAACUGGCAAUAUGACUUCUUUAGUAACCCGAAAAAUAUCAAUGGGCGAACUGUUCGGCGAUGCUUAUUUAAAAUAUAAGGACCAUCGAGCUUUCGGAAUGUAUACAUUUUUCAAGCCGAACCUUGUGAUUGCCGAUCUCGAUCUUGUUCGAAUAGUGCUGACAAAAGAAUUUGGCAAUUUCCACGAUCGCGGCUGGUACUGUAAUGAGAAAACGGAUCCGCUAUCCGGUCACUUGUUUUUAUUGCCAGGAAAAAAAUGGAGACAUUUGCGAGUCAAAUUGACACCUACAUUCACUUCGGGAAAACUCAAGCAAAUGUUUGGAAUCCUGAAAGAAUGCGGCGAGGAAUUCGCGACAUCUUUAGAAAAAGUGGCCAAAACAAACUCAUGCAUCGAAAUAAAAGAAAUAUUUGCAGGAUAUACAACUGACAUAAUUAUGUCAACUGCUUUCGGAAUCAAAUCAAACUGCAUGGAAAACCAGGACAAUGAAUUUCGAUUUUGGGGAAGAAAAAUCUUCGAGUACAAUCCUAUUUGGUAUGCAAUUUUUGCGUUUGUACCUCAACUUGCCGAUUUCUUUGCCAUUCCUUUCGUUGAUCGAGGUACCUCGAAAUUUUUUAUAAAUAUGUUCCGGAAUAAUGUGCAAUACAGACAAACUCACAAUGUUGUUAGACAUGAUUUUAUGAAUCUACUUAUACAACUUAUGGAGAAAGGCUACGUCGCGCCUGACGAGGGAGAUACCGCCGAAGCUUCUUCAACUACGAAUAAGAUUUCAUUGGUGGAAGCGGCUGCGCAAGCAUUCGUCUUCUUCAUAGCUGGUUUUGAAACGUCUUCAACUACGGCGACGUUCUGUUUGUACGAAUUAGCGGUAAAUCAGGACGUACAAAAUAAGCUUCGUCAAGAAAUUGAUGAAGUGCUAAAAAAAGACGGCGAAGUGACUUACAAUUCUGUCAACGAUAUGACCUAUCUGCAUAAAGUAGUAACUGAAACUCUGAGAAAAUAUCCACCUGUGCCAAUUCUGAAUCGCAUCUGUACCAAAGCUACAGACCUUCCGACAACGAAUAUUCACAUACCGGAAGGAACUUCAAUUACUAUACCGGUGCUCGGAAUACAGAGAGAUCCGGCCAUAUAUCCGGACCCAGAUAAGUUUGAUCCCGAGCGAUUCAGCGCGGAUGAGAUAGCAGCUAGGCAUCCGUACGCUUACUUACCAUUUGGAGAAGGGCCUCGAGUUUGUAUCGGUACACGAUUUGGCUAUAUGCAGACAAAAGUUGGCAUUUUCAAUAUCUUAUCGAAGUUCAAGAUUAAACUUCAUCCUCGAACUCCUGUGCCACUUAUCAUCGAUGAAGCGCCUUUUAUACUUUCGCCCAAAGGCGGUGUACAUCUUAUCAUUGAGCCGCGAUAAAACACUCACGCUUUUUAAAGCUGCUUUAUAAAGCGUUUAAACCAAGUAGAUUAAGUCUGUAACUAGUACUAAGAUUGUCGUUUCGUGCGUGCAACAUUGCAUCAGAAAACUGUUACGUAACAACUUAGUAACGAUAACAAUAUUGUCAACAGCUAUUUGCAGAAUCAUUCUGCGGAUAAAAUGUUUUUAUCGUUUAUUGCGUAACAACAACAGAAGUUGUUGCUAACACUGUAACGUCAGACUAAAUCCAGCUCUAACAAUCUAAAUAGUUUUAAACUAAAUAGAAUAAGUGUUACUUGUAUUAUCAAACUAAUAUUAACUAAUGAUGUUUAUACACAUUGUGCGGAAUUUAUGCUUUGUUUAUGCUACUUAUUUACUUACACUUUCCAAAAUAAUAAAUUUAUUUUA